GAAUUAAACUUUGAAAUUAUACAACAAAGAGUUUACCCUGUUCUCACAGGCGGCUCAGGAGGCACUAGCUCCUUUUCCAUCCAUUCAAGAAUUUCUUGAUUUGCCACCAGUCCUAGUGACAGACUUUCUGGGGUAGGAUGGAGCAGUCCGUCGUGGUUGAGAGAAGCGCGCAAGUCGCUCCUGAACCCGUCCCGGAGCAGGGGAAACCAGCCGGAUUCCAGCCGCAUCGGUUUGAGGCGCCAACCUUGGGUUUGGUGGAGCGUUCCAUCAUGGCUGUUUCUCUGAUCUUUGGAUUGUUGACUUUGCCUCUUUCCAUCUGGACAAUGUUCAGGCAAGUAAAAGAAUAUGAGCGUGCUGUCAUUUUCCGAUUUGGUCGGAUUGUUCAUGAAAAACCCAAAGGACCAGGUAUUUUCUUCUUGUGGCCCAAUGUAGACAGUAUUGUGGUUGUGGACUUGAGGACAGUUUCUUUUGACAUUCCACCCCAAGAGAUCUUGACGAAGGACUCUGUGAGCGUGUGCGUGGACGGAGCGGUGUAUUACCGCGUGGUUUGCCCCACCUCCUCUGUGACAAGGGUGACAAACGCUGAAGCAGCAACACAGCUCCUGGCUCAGACCACCCUGAGGAACACACUGGGCACAAUGAAUCUUGCAGAACUGCUCUCCGACAGAGUCGCCAUCUCACAUAACAUGGAGACAUCUCUUGACGAGGCCACGGACCCCUGGGGGAUUAAGGUGGAGCGUGUGGAGAUCAAGGACGUGAAACUUCCCCAUCAGCUGCAGAGGGCCAUGGCUGCAGAGGCGGAGGCAGCACGAGAGGCCAGAGCUAAGGUGAUUGCUGCGGAGGGGGAGAUGAAUGCGUCUCGUGCCCUGAAGGAAGCAUCUCUCAUCAUAGCGGAGUCUCCAUCAGCUCUGCAGCUGCGUUACCUGCAGACCCUCAACAGCAUCGCUGCAGAGAGGAACUCCACCAUCAUCUUCCCCCUGCCCAUCGACAUGAUGCAGGGCUUCAUGAAGAGGGAGCCAGUGCCAAAGGUGCAAUAAAUAAUAAAGGCCGAGACGUGCAAUGCCA